UUUCCUCACGUUGGUCAUGUCGGCGCAACCGGACCAAGCCCUUGAUCAAGCCUAUUGGCAGUUCCUCGUAUCAAACUACAGCUUUGCUGCUGUAGCGUGCCUCGUCUUCUACGAGUUCCUAAUCACUAUCGACAACGAGGUUAAGGUCGUGUGGAAGAGGCCUAUUACCGCAUCCGCCGUGCUCCUUGGCUCGGUAAGAUGGUGUGUGCUCCUCUCGAUUGCUGUACAGCUUCUGCCGUCCACUCCGAAUACCUGUCCGCCGCUAGAAAUUCUGACCUGGAUCCUCAUCCUCAUUGGGUUUGUUCAAACCGCACUUUUCUCCGCUCUGCGAGUCUUCGCGGUUUGGGAUAGGAGCCACGUCUGGUCGCUGGUAGUGUUCGCACUGAGCAUGGUACCAUUUGCGACGAAUCUGUUUAAAGCGACACAAUCGACAUUUAGUUCUGUUGGGGAUUCGAUCGUCGGAAUGACAUGCGCCUCGGAAUAUCCGUACUCUGCGCGAACAUACGAUAUGCUCGCGUACAUUACCCGCGGCUCACUCAUCCUAGCCGAUACGACCGUGCUCACCCUGACCUGGGUCAAGACGUUUGGAAAUUGGUGGCGCGCUCGCGGCAUCAAUGUCAAUGUGUCGCUGACGACAUGUCUGCUGCGCGACGCUCUACUAGCAAUAAGCAUAAUCCAGCUAUUGACCUUCGACUCUUCUGCUGACCUGGCACCAGUGUCCGCGUUAAUCACGGCUCUGCCUCCGGUGCUCAUCAAUCGCUUCAUGAUCAACUUACGGAUCGUCAACUCCGACGUACCAGACUACUCCAUGCGCAUUACUGAUCGGCAACAAGGACAGUCGACAGUACAGUUCAGAAGGUCGACGAUUCGAUUGGGUAACAUUGGUGGGACGCUGCAGAAUGGUUGGGACGACGACAGAUCCUGGGAUGAAGAGGGUAGCGCCGCAGAAGUAGACGAAGCGGGAGGCAGUGAAACCAACGCAGAAGCAUUACCGACGCCGGAAAUUACACCAUAAAAUCUUCUGUUCUCAAUAAACAGUCUGCUGUCGCCUCGGC